AUGAGCAGCGCCAAGGUGAUUGAUGCGCUCUUUGAGCGCACAGUCGACAUUGUGCAGUCGCUGCCGCCCAGUGGCCCGAUCCAGACAUCGUACGAGGAGAAACUCGCACUAUAUGGACUGUUCAAGCAGGCAACGGAAGGCGAUAUCCAGACACGCCGCCCCGGCAUGUUUGACAUGCUUGGCCGCGCCAAGUGGUACGUGGCGCACACUCACGCCAGGGACGCCUGGGAGCGCCAGCGCGGGUUCUCGAAGCAGGACGCGAAGCAGCUCUAUGUCGAGAGCAUGAUCAAGAUCCUCCAUCGCUUUGAGGACCGACCGGUAGCCAUCUCGCUCAUGGCCGAGCUCGAGGCAUACAGUGGCGACGUCGCCGAGCAGGUCAUGAGCGGCACCCUCGCCGAGACCGCCAGCAUUCACUCAUCCAGUGUCGGGCAGAGCCCGCGCCAGCGCGCGCUGAAUGCGGUGCCGUCUGUGGACGAGUCGAGCCUCGCCGAUGAGCCGCCCCGUGCCCCCUCCCGGCUGCCCCCUGUCACAUCUGUGGAAGGCGAUACCCAUACGGGAAGUGGUUCUCACGAUACCAUCACAGGCAGCGACAUGCCGCGCCCCGCGCCCAGAGCAGCCCCCGAGAAGGCGCGGCGUGCAGACCGCGGCGUGCUCCCGGUGCGCGGCGCGCCAGCGACACAGCGGCGUGCGGCGCCUCGUCCCCGCGCGUCGCUGGCGCGCCGCGACGAGUCGAUGUACUCGGGCGCGGCGGCGAGCGACCGCGGCUCACGCUCGUUCGCGUCGGCUGCCCCAUCGCUGCCGCCGUCCGACGUCCCGCUCGCGCCGCAUGCCGGCGGCCCGCUCGGCCGGUACGCGUCGUCGGUCGGCGGACGCUCAGGCGGCCCCGUGCCACCAGCGCGCUCGGCGCUCGCCAAGGGCGCGCGCGCCGGCGCACCAGGCAUGGGUGAGCGUGCACCCGAGCUGGAAGAGUCGCUGAGGGCGAUCCAGGCAUCGCUCACAGCGCUCACAGACAGGCUCGACCGCGCCGAGUCGCGCAUGGUGCGCCGCGAGAACGCGCUGGACGUCCGGCGGCUCCAUCAGUACAUGCAGCGCAUGCUACAUGAUAUCGGGGCAUGCCUCGGCCUGGUGCCAGGGUGUCCCGGCGAGGCGAAUGCACCGAGCUACGAUGCAUGGCGCGCACGACACCAUGGGCUGUGGGCGUUGGUCCGCUCGCCAUUCAAGUUUGCCGUGCUGGUCGCGAGCCUGGCUUUCCGCGUUCUGCUGGACCUGGCGUCGAUCACGCUCAUGGUCACGCUCCUUGUGGCCGCUCUGCGGCGCCUCUCUGGUCGCAGCGACCCGUGGAUUACGCUGCGCCUGCUGGGCCAGCUGCGUGGCCGUUUGCAGUGGCUGGCCUCGCCGGCGAACCGGCAGGCAGCCUUGCGUGCGCUGCUCACGAGUAUGGUGUUGGGCGGCGUCGCUAUGGAGUCCACGCGCAGUCUCCGCUCGUAG